CUCUGAGGACCUGACAGAGCCUCCUGCAGUCACUCUGUGAACACGCUUCUCCCUGACAGACCUCAGCGUCUCCAGUAAUUCACUUUCACAUCCACAGCAGGCACUCUCUCUCUUCUUGGACUGGGCUUUUUAAACUCCUAGCAGGUUCUGGGUUCUCCUGGUGAUGACCUCAAUCCUGUGCCCUGGCAACACCUACGCUGCGAUGAAGGACCUCUCAUCGUCUUCUUCUCCUCUCACCACCCUCCUCCACUACUCUUCCUCCAAGCCCUCUGUCGUGCCCUUCUCCUCUUCGGCGGGUUCCGCCUCGUCGCCGGGGGUCUCGCUGUCAGCCGCGCCGCUCUCCAAGCCGCAGCCGUUCUGUCUGCAGACGGGUCCGCACCUCAUAGCCAGCAUGCAGCUGCAGAAGCUCAACUCUCACUACCAGAGCCUCGCCUCGGGGGUCUCCGCCGGCCACUCGGCACCCGGCGGGGCUCAGAAGACCUUCGGGGGCUCGCCGCUGAGCACGGCCAGCCCUCUCCUGGGGCCCUCCGGAGGCCUCGGCACCGGCGGGAACAUGGGAGUGGGGAUCGGCAUGGCGGGCCAAGGCUCCGGAGCGGCCGGGAUUAUCGACUUUGACCCCGUGGACGAGGAAGUUCUCAUGUCUCUGGUGGUUGAGCUGGGUUUGGACAGAGCCAACGAGCUGCCGGAGCUCUGGCUGGGACAGAACGAGUUUGACUUCAUGUCAGACGUCCCGGCCGGAUGCUGACCAGCACAAAGAAAGACAAAAAACCCACACAAACAUUCGGAGACAGCAGAAUUGAUCGACAAAGAGAGAGAAGGCUUCUCUCACUGUUUUGUUUUUCUUCUCUGACUUGCUUGGUUGAUAUGUUCAAGGAGAGAGUUUGAGAGAUUCACGGCGCCUUCCUGUUUCUGCUUUACUGUCAUGGUGUUAACUCGUGGACAGGAAAUUCAACAAAAAAAGGACCUCUCUCUUUAAUUUGUCUUGCGAGUUCGUUUCACCGUGACGUUCUCACUCGAAGAAAUACCCAAAGCACAUGCGGAGCUUGUCCUCCUUUGUCCACCACUGCAUCUCUGGGCCUUAUUAAAAACCAGUUGGCUGAUGCGAGACGGCUUCAAAGAAACACACAAGUCAACCUCUCGAAGGCCGAACUCUAAAGACGAGUAAGAUGCACCUGUCGGAUCUGGGUUGGCGCGUAAAGAACAUGGAAAAACAGUGAACCAGGACUACCACAAAAAAGGAUGACAAACACUACGCUUCCUGUUUUCUUAAUAGACAAUAUUGAGCCUCCGCUCUCAUGGGAAAGAGACUUCACCUCUUUGACUCCACAAAGAUCUGAUUGUCUGAGAACUGGUUAUCUCCACAUACUUCUUCUUUUUUUUUGGAAUUUAGAUCAAGCAGUCGUACCCUUGUUACUUAAGACAGCGGCUGAUUAUCCAUCAGGGGGAGUCCUGGACAAGGGGACCUUCUAUAGUCGCUGUUUUUGUGAACAUAAUGAAUCAGAUUAAGGGACGUGGAAACUUUAGGAGCAUGUGACAUGAAAGCGGUAAAAAUGUGUAGAGCACAGCGCCGCUGAAACAACUGGAGCCUUUCGGUCAAUUCUGUGCCAAGCUAAGCUAAUGCAGAGCAUUUAAUCUGUGGACAUAAACCCCAAAAUGUUAGAUUCACACACUUUCAGCGUCAUGGCUUUUCUACUUUACCGCUCGGAUAACUUUGUUAAAACAGCUUAUAUCAGCUCGGGCUAACCGUAAAAUCACUUUCCUUCAAGUUGCUGAGGAGGUAGCAUGCUGCUUCAAUACUUUGUGUUUGCACACCUUUGACCCAGAGCAAAAGAUGUAGAGCUAAACUGUCACAGGAAAUGUCAAAGUCGAGAAAAAACUGUUUUUGGCUUUGGUUUGGUGUUAUAUGACUCUGUAACACCUUGCAGGAUUAAUACCUUCAUCAUGCUCUGCAGCGAGCAAUAACGUUUUACUCUGGCGGGAGCAGCCAACAACACACACUGUCAUAUAGAGAAUUGAAACCACUUGCCUCUUGCUGCACAGAUCUCUCAUCACUUCAUCCGCUGAAUCGUCGACCUCAGAGGGCGUCGUCCAGUGAAAUCGCAGCGGAUGUGCCUAGUUCACUCGGCUCAUAUGGAUGCUCAAAGUAAAUGGGAGCUGUUAAAGUGUGUGGAGAACUAACACUCGACUCAGACAUCCAGAGUUCUCUGUUCUUUCUUUGUUUUUAAAAAUAAAAGAAAUUUGGAUGAUUUUAUGGCAGAUAUUUCUGGUCAAACUUUCAAUUUAGAAUCUGGAAAAAUAUUGGAUGGAUUGUAUGGAGUGGUUGACGGAUGGAUGGAUGGAUGGACGGACAGGUGGAUUAGAUGGAUUGAUCGACAGACGGAUGGAUGGAAAGAUAAAUGUAUUGAUUGACGGAUGGAUGAAUGGAUUAAUCCUUAGACAAUGAAAUUUGGAAGAAGGUACAGAAAUGCGGAUAUUUCCUGUGUACGAACCUUGAUGCUCUGUGAUGUUUUCAGUGAAUUCAGCAGAAGCCUUUGAAACCUUCCCUCUGGAGCUUCCUGCUGCGAUACAACAUUAUUUUAUUGUCUUCAUUUAAAGUGUCGGGUUACACAAUCUCAAGUGUGUUUGUGCCAUGUGAUAUGACCGAAAGCACCAGAAGAAUGCUAAUACGGGGCCUUGGGUUUAUAUUGCAUAAACCGUUUUCUACAUGUGAAACUAAGUGUUUAAUAGUGGCCAUUGCACGGCUUGGAAUCAUAAUAGGCCUUUAAUGUGAUUUUAUUCCUUAAGAAAUACAUAAAUGUACAGUAAGACAUAAAAAAUCUGUUUAGAAUCAAGAUACAUAUGACAUGUCAAGCAAAAAGAUGGAUAACUUACAGAUUUGUGGUUUUAACUCCCUGAUCUUUUCCUGUUUUCGACUUUCAUGGAUGGUCGUGUAUUUAUAUGAUCGUAAAUAAAGUUAAAGCUGCAAUAUGCUCAA